AUGAUUCCAUUAAGAAGCAAAAAGAUAAGAUUCUCGAGUGCCUUACUUUCAUUUAGAAGAUCAGUGCAAUCUAGUAGUGAUCCACUCUUAUCCGAUCCCUUUCAUGACCACAAAAAAAUGGUCCGAGGUUCCAAUAAACAAUUUCCAAAACCACAUUUCAUUUCUUUCGAUGUAUUCGGGACAUUAUAUACCCCAAAGGCCCCAAUAGCUCAACAAUAUCAUGUAGUUGCAAUGGAGGAAUUUGGGAUAAAUAAAUCGCUAGAGUCGAUUGAGAAGGAGUUCCCAAAAAUAUACUCCGAGAUAUAUGAGAGAUAUCCUAAUUACGGGAAGCGAUCAUCAGACAUCAAGAAUUGUGAUGAAUGGUGGCUGGAGAUUAUUGUUAAGUUGUUCGAUUUACCACAUUAUACUAAAGAUGAAACAUCAGCCAAAUUAUGCAGAAGACUCUUAACCUAUUUUACUGGGCGUGAAGCGUAUAUGGUAUACGACGAUGUUAUUCCUACAUUGACCAAGUUGAAAGAAAACAAUAUUAAUCUAGUCGUGUCAAGCAAUUCUGAUCUUCGUGUUAUGGAGAUAUUGAAAAACUUGGGUCUCAUGGACUUUUUUGCCAAGGAUCACAUAUAUCUCUCGUACGACCUCGACGCUUCUAAGCCCGAUAAGAAGUUUUUCGAUAGUGUGUACCAGCGUUUCUUGGCCUCCACAUUGGAAACACCCAGUGAUGUCAGCAAACAGUUAUACUUGGAAAACUGUUGGCAUAUAGGCGAUAGUGAAGACAAAGACUUUCUCGGUCCAGUUAGAUCGGGAUGGAACGCAGUCUUACUAGACAGAGAAAAUACUAGUCAAUUCCUUAUUCAUUCACAUUCCCCCCAAAAACCAAUAACUAAGUCACUUUUCGCUGAGCAUUCGGAUGAAGGUAUAAACAGCCCCGAAUUGAAGGUCAUUGCUAACAAUAGAGUGGUCCUCAGAAACUUGGAUCAGCUAUUAGCCAUAUUUGGGUUGCACGAUUAA